GUUCAAUCACUCAAUGUCUGAGCAGCGACCGUCGCCGUCUGCAGUCAGCGCGCACUGCUGCGAUCACCCCGCUUCGUCUUCAACUAGCUCUUCUAGCUCUUCUAGCAAUGCGACUGCAGCGUCAUCAGCCACGGCAUUGGCGCGCUGCAGCAAUUGCUGCCAAUGCAACUGCACUCAAACGCCGACCACGACCACGCAGCAACUCGGACCAGAGCACCCGCGCAACCUCAUUCCAGAGCUAUGCAGCUUGUUCUACCACCAGGGCUGGGUCACAGGCACCGGCGGCGGCAUCACCAUCCGGGACAGUGAGCAUAUUUACAUUGCGCCGUCCGGAGUGCAAAAGGAGCGGAUGCAACCGGACGACUUGUUUGUGUGCGACCGGGACGGCAACGAUAUCGAGUGUCCUGCCAUCGAGCGAGGUCUGCGCAAGAGUCAGUGCACGCCGCUCUUCUUCAAUGCGUACAAGAUGCGAAAUGCCGGAGCUGUCAUCCACACGCAUUCGCAGCACGCCGUGAUGGCGACGCUGCUGUUUCCCGGCUCAGAGUUUUGCAUCACGCAUCAGGAAAUGAUCAAAGGCAUUGCUAAAAACACGUCCGGAGGAUACCACAAGUUCUACGACAAGCUCGUCGUCCCCAUCAUUGAAAACACUGCCGAAGAGCGCGACUUGACCGACCGAAUGGCAGCCGAAAUGCGCAAGUACCCCGAUGCAUGCGCCGUGCUAGUGCGGCGCCACGGCGUCUACGUCUGGGGCAACGACUGGGUCCAAUGCAAGACAAUGAGCGAGUGCUACGACUACCUCUUUGAGAUUGCCGUCAAAAUGCGCCUUGCCGGACUUGAUCCUUCGCUCGUUCCGGCUGAUUCAGAGUACGCGAGCCUGGUGCAGUCCUGAGGUUGCGUUGUUGUAUCAAAGUAAAAUCGAAAGCGCUGCGUCCA